GUCUUAAAUAUUCUCCCUUAUACUUUGCAGGGUACAGAAUCUCCUGGUGAAAGCAAUUCACAGGCAAUUAACUGACAUGGAAAGAUGUAUCAUGAAAUAUAUGAAGGGAACAUCAAUUGUCGUACCAGAACAAUUUCAUUUCAUGUUACCAGGAAAAAAUCAUCUUGUAACAAUCUCGUAUCCAACAGGUAUUUCAGAUGAUCAACUGGAAAGCUAUAGAAAGGAAUUGCAUGGGUUAUUCAAUCUGCCUUGUGACAGACCAUAUUUCAGGAGAGCAAAUGCUUAUCAUUUUCCAGAUGAACCAUAUAAAGAUGGAUAUCUCAGAAAUCCACAUUUACAUCUUAAUUCACCUGGUACAGAGUCUGGUAUGAUUUAUUCAGUACAUGGUGUGUAUAGUUAUCACCAUUAUAUGCAGGAUCGGAUUGAUGACAGUGGUUGGGGCUGUGCCUAUCGGUCUUUGCAGACAAUCUGCUCUUGGUUCAAGCACCAAGGUUACCUUGAUACGCCUAUACCAACACACAAGGAAAUUCAACAG